CCCCCGGCCACACCCCAGACCUCCGGCCACGCCCCGGCCACGCCCCGAGCCCCCCGGCCCGGCCGGUCCGUCCGGCCCCGGCCCGGGCGGGGCAGCGCCGGGAAACUCAUCCCAUGGAAAUCCAACCCCACCGCCUUCCCUGGGGUUGACAUUUGGGAUGUGGCUGUUCCCAGGAGCCUGAGCCGGCCCCGCUCGAGGGGAGGGUCUCCCAUGGAGCAGGACGGGACCCCCCCCGGCCCCUCCCGGCGGGGAGGGGACCCCCCAGGUCCCGGAGGAGGAAACGAUUCCCGCCGCGGGCCGGGAGAGCCCGGCCCCGACCCGCGGAGAUUCCCGGGAUGCGGAGCCGGGAGACGCCCCCCCCGCAGCCCCCUGCCAGGAGGAGCCUCGGGGGGGGGCCCCGGAGGGAGGGGGGUCCCCCCCCAGUCCAGGAGAUGCCCCCCCCGCAGCCCCCUGCCAGGAGGAGCCUCGGGGGGGGGGCCCCGGAGGGAGGGGGGUCCCCCCCCAGCCCGGGAGAUGCCCCCCCCGCAGCCCCCUGCCAGGAGGAGCCUCGGGGGGGGGGCCCGGAGGGAGGGGGGUCCUCCCCCAGCCCGGGAGAUGCCCCCCCCGCAGCCCCCUGCCAGGAGGAGCCUCGGGGGGGGGCCCCGGAGGGAGGGGGGUCCCCCCCCCAGCCCGGCCGAGUUUUACUGCGUCAAAUGGAUCCGCUGGAAGGGGGAGCGAACGCCCGUGGUCACCCAGAGCCAGAACGGGCCCUGCCCGCUCCUCGCCAUCAUCAACGUCCUCCUGCUCCGCUGGAAGGUGAAGCUGCCCCCGCAGAAGGAGGUGAUCACGGCCGAGGAGCUGAUGGCACAUCUGGGGGAUUGCAUCCUGGCCACCCAACCCCGGGAGACAUCGGAGGGGCUCCAGCUCAACUUCCAGCAGAACAUCAGUGACACCAUGACGGUCCUCCCGAAGCUCUCGACGGGGCUGGACGUCAACGUGAGGUUCACGGGGGUCUCGGAUUUCGAGUACACCCCCGAGUGCAUCGUCUUCGACCUCCUCAACAUCCCCCUCUACCACGGCUGGCUGGUGGACCCCCAGAGCCCGGAGAUGGUCCAGGCCGUGGGCAAGCUCAGCUACAACCAACUGGUGGAGAAGAUCAUCACCUGCAAACAGGCCACCGACUCCAGCCUGGUGAGCGAAGGGCUGGUGGCCGAGCAGUUCCUGGAGGCCACGGCGUCGCAGCUGAGCUACCACGGGCUGUGCGAGCUCACGGCCGCGGCCCCCGAGGGCGAGCUGGGCGUCUUCUUCCGCAACAACCACUUCAGCACCAUGACCAAGCACAAGGGCCACCUCUACCUGCUGGUGACGGACCAGGGCUUCCUGCGGGAGGAGGGGGUGGUGUGGGAGAGCCUGCACACGGUGGACGGGGACAGCUGCUUCUGUGACACCGACUUCCACCUCAGCCACGCCCCGGGCAAGGGGGGGGACCCCCGCGGCCCCCCCGGACCACCAGCUGCACAGAGACAAGUGGACCAGGAUUACAUGGUGGCCCUGUCCCUGCAGCAGGGGCAGGACCCCCCCUCGGUGCUCAGUGACCUGGAGCUGGCGCGGCAGCUGCAGCACGAGGAGUAUCAGCAGCACCAUCCUCCUCCUCCUCCUCCUCAGCAGCAGCAGCAGCCCUUGUCCCCACAGGCGGGGUCACGUCCGGCCGGAGAGCGGAGGCAGCGGCAGAGGCCGGAUUUGGACUGUACCCUCCUGUAGCCCCCCCCGGGGGGGUCCCCCACACCCAGAGCCCCCCGACUCCCACUCUGUGUCCUCCAGGGAGAUCCCACGGGGGUCUCUGGGGGGCUGCAGAGGAGACACAGACACAGGAGGGGUGAGGGUCCGAGCCCAGCGCUGGGACCACCCCGAUCCUUCCAGUGGCCUUAUGAACACGGGGGUCCCACUCAGAGGGUCCCACUCAGGGGGUCCCAUCAGGGGGGUCCCACUCAGGGAGUCCCAUCGGGGGAUCCCAUACCUCAGUCCAUGCUCCUGGACACGUUUCUAGGGGGAAAACCCUGCACCCCCCUGUUCCAAACGUUGCCUUAGCCCUUGGCAAGUAAAGGACUUGUCCCCCUGCA